AUGCUUCGGAGUAGUCCCAGCUCCGUGUUAUGCCGCCGACCAGACAAGAUUCUGACCAGAAGCCUCCGAGUGAAAUGGAAGCUUCUAAAGCAGACAGUCCCGCAGGUCCAACAACGCGGAGUUCUUGCUUUCGGAGCCCGAACACUAGAACCUAUCUUAAGCACGAGACUUCACCCUUUCCAGCAGUGUUCUAAGACUUAUCCAGCAUGCAUCGGUCCUGGAUGUUGGGCUCAAGCAACGUCGGUGUUCAUUCAGCUGCCUUUUCCUCGCACGCUAGCCAUGAAGGUUGCACUGUUCGGGGCCACAGGUGGGACCGGCGUCGAGAUCCUCCGCCGGCUUCUUGGAUCUGGGACUGUCGAGGAAGUGCGAUGCCUGGCCCGCAGCCCAGAGAAGUUGCCGCAGGAGCUGCGGGAGCAGACUGGCGUGCAGGUUGUCUCUGGAUCUUCUACAGAUGCCUCUGCUGUUGCCGAGACCUGCAAGGGAGUGGAUGCAGUGAUCGUCAGUCUUGGGGGCCCGGGCAAGGGGCCGGGCGUAGACGUGUGCAGCCAGUCGCAGAAGGUCAUCAACGAGGCUGUAGGAGCAUCCGACUCCCGCAUGGUCUGCGUCAGCUCUAUCGGCGUAGGAGACCACUACCAGCACUGCAGCCUUUUCGCGAAGUUCUUCGCGAGCUGGAUCAUCCCACAGGCCCUUGCGGACAAGCACCUCCAGGAGGAGAUGGUCAGGACGUUGAAGAACUGGGUCGUCGUGCGGCCGGGCGGGCUCAUCGACGGCGAGGGCAAAGGGCACUGGCAUGCCGCAGAAGAUGCCUGCGGCGCGUACCCCACCAUCCCACGAGCAGAUGUGGCCGACUUCGUGGUCAAGGAGUGCCUGCCGCCCAGUGACCAGUGGCUCCGACGAAACGUAGCGCUGGUCACGAAGAAGCCGAGGUCACACCGAAGCUUUGGCAUCCAGCUGUUUGGGCGAGGGUGCCGGAGCCAUUUUGCACAGCAAAAGCUUCUCUUCGACAGGUAUGUCUCUCAGUUCUGCGUUUACCUGGGGGUGGAUGCCACAGCAGAGCCCGACCUCAUCACAGAGGUGGACGACUACUUGCGACGGCCCCUCCCGGCGGGGUGGACCAGCCACCAGACAGGUGAGGACUGCGAGUACGGCUCCGGCUACACGUAUUUCAUGCAGGCGGCCACGGGUCGCACGCAGUGGACGCGACCGGAUGAGGACGAAUUCUUGCAGUACCUUCGGAAGAAGAUGCGGCGAAAACCUGCUGCCGGCAGUCGGCUCUUCUUCGCGGCCCUGCGCGACCGCACGAGGAGGGAGCGAUGGGCGGCGCUUGAAGAUCAGAUCGACCACCUGACGGGGGCCCGGCCACUCCUGCGAGCCCUGCCCGAGGGUUCGCCAGAGCCAGCGCCCCCGAAGCGGUCGGAGAAUUUAGAAGAUCCCUGCAUCUUCCAUGUGGUGCUCCACAAGCGCUUCCCAGUCAUGGCUCCGGCAGUGGUAGAGGCCUUUGCCUCCUACUUUGGCCUCGGAGCCUUGACGCAGUUAACAGCUGCGGAGCUACGCCAUGUCUGGGUCGCCAAG